ACCAUCGUGUGUGUGUGUGUGUGUGUGUGUUUAGCUAAUGAUAACUGCACCAGCAGCUAACGUCAAUAAAAGGGGUCUGAUAGUCACUAAGUUAUAACUUGACUAAAAUGUCACAUUCCCCAUAAGUUUAGGAUGCUUGGUUUCGUUACGAAGGACGUCGCAGUAACUUAACGUCUUCAUUUUGGUAAUCCUUGUGACAGCAAGAUGCCUAUCCGAGCAUACUGCACCAUUUGCUCCGACUUCUUCGAUCACUCUAGAGAUGUUGCUGCUAUCCACUGCGGACACACUUUCCACUAUGAAUGUCUUCUCCAGUGGUUUCAGACAGCACCCACAAAAACCUGUCCACAGUGCAGAAAACAGGUCAGCACCAGACACAUCAUCAGCAAGCUGUUCUUUGACAUUGGUGGAGAGGAUGAGUGCACAGCGGACCCUGAAAGCCUGCAGAAUGAGCUUGAUCGAAUGAGGGCACUUUUAAGCUCUAAAGAGCAAGACUGGCGGGACAGACAGAAGAUGGUGGAAGGUUUGAAGGACACUGUGGACAAGCAGAGGAGAGAUCUGGACUGUGUUCGGAAAGAGAUCAUGGAAAAGGAGAUGCUGUGUUCUGCCCUCAGAAAACAGAUGACAUACCUGGAGACACAACAGAAUGAAACUCAGGCUGCCAAGGAGGAAGCCCGGAGACUCAGGACCAAGAUGAAAACAUUUGAAAGCCUGGAUGUGUUGUUGCAGGGCCAGAGAGCAGAGGUGGAGUCCAUGAUCACAGAUAUGGGUGUCAGCCAGGCGGCGGUGGAGCAGCUCUCCAUCUAUUGUAUUUCGCUCAAAAAAGAGUAUGAUAAUCUGAAAGGAAGCCUGAAGUCUUCAAAUGACAUGUGUGAGAAGCUGAAGAGAGAAGUGCUCUCCUCAAACAACAAGUUACACAAAGCCACAGUGGAGGUGAAUCAAACCAAAGAGGACAUGAAGUCUCUGCAGAACGAUCUGGCCAAUGCUGACAAAGAGAUCUCUAGUCUGAAGAAGAAAGUGGAGUUUCUUCAGAGGACUCUGAGCACCCCAACGCGGACAAAUGAAGCUCUCAGUCGACUUGUCUUUGAAAGCCCGGCCCCAAUGGAGCUGAAGCAGCCUCACUUCCACCAGCCUGCAGACAGCGAGGACAUUGACCUCAACCUGACUUACGAUGUCACUACGCCAGAUGAUGUGGCGAAGAAACCAACACACUUUAAGUCAAAGAAGAUGCGGCUCGAUCCACCAGCAUCAUCUGUGCCCAAACACACUGAGAAAAAAUCAUCUCUAAGCAAGGCUCGAGAUGAGGACGUAUCUAUGGAUCCUUUUUUGAGGAACUCCCUUCUCUUCAGAAAGAAGACUCUCGGUAGCAUGUUGGACCCUCAGAGGAAGAUUGGCGCUGUGAGAUCUGGUUAUGAUGGUUUAGGAGGACGUACUAAAUUCAUCCAACCUUCUCCUUUAUCAGAGAUUCGCCCGCUGAUGAAAGCUAAAAGGAAAAAGGUAACCAGGCCUCAACCCAAGAUUACAACUUGCCUGACUCUGGACAGCUUCCUCGAGUAAAUGUUAACCUCUCUCUCCCUGGAUGUGGAGCCUAAGGUCAGGAUUCUGUGUGAUGUAGCAUGUUUGUGCUGCUCUGGCACACAGAACCAGUCUGGCAGCGGUUCUGCCACUCAGCACCAAACAGGACUCUCUGAUUGAACUUAUUUAAAAGCAGUAACGGAUCCUGCACCUGACGACGGAUACUGAGCUUUUGGUGACAUCAGCAAAGCUGCUGUACAUUUUUGUGUGAUGACUUGAACUUGUAUGUGGAGAUUGUGUCCGGACCAGCCUCUGCAUUAGAGCCUUUUCUUGUUGUUGAUAUGUGGGUGUGUGUAUGUGUGUGAGACAAACUGACUUAUUUGCGGACCAACCAAAUGUCAGUGCUCUAUAUAAUGUCAUUGGUUAUCGCUGAUGCAUCUUUUCUCUACUCCGAAAAAUAAUCAGUUAUUUUUCACACUUAUUUAAAACCUGAAACACCAACAUGUCGAUAUACUUUAGGUAUUUUUAGUUUCACUGGUCCUGCCAGAUGUAAAUCAACUCAAAUAAUAAACAAUAUUUUUUUUUAUUAAGGUUUGUGUGGGGUCUACAAACAAUUCCCUCUUGGCUGUGUUUUUUUUUUUUUUUUUUUUUUUUAAGUCACAAACAUUUCACUGAGGUGUGCUUUCCUGCAGAGGGCAGUACAAACAGUCUUGUCUCACAUGAGGACAUGAAUCUUUCAGUCCUCCUGUGCCGUGAGGGAAAAUGUACUGUACAUGGUAACUGCUGAAACCAUUUGUAUUGAAAAGGCUGCGCCAGCACAGAAGGAGCUCCUCCAGAAAAACAUGAUUUAAAACACCUUCAGUAAAACCUGAGUUGCACAUUGUGAUCAAGUAACAAAAAGUAGACUGCAAAUGAUAUCCUGGCAAUGAAGGGACGGUUGUUAAUCUUGGGAGUUACCUCAUUAAAUGAAUGAUGCUUGCAGAAAUGAGAACUUGUAGUGAAAGAGGACCUUUCAUGGCACAAAAUUAAUAAAUAAUAACUGAUGACAUGAAGUCAGAAACAGAAUGAGAGUAGAACGGACAUUGAACAGUUUGCCAUGGUCAUU